ACAUUUCACAGCAAUAUUAGCCGUAGUGAGUGAAGCUAAGAAUUUUGACAACGCUGUGAAGAAGGAAAACAUUUGCGCCGUUCUUUUGAUAUUUUAUAUAUUUUUGGCUUUAUUAUAGUGUUUCACAGUCUGAAAGUGUUCGUUAUAGACGUUGUCACCUAUUAAGUUUGAUAUCCGGAUUUCGAAUGAACAUUCGGAAAUGAGUUCAAAGGACCAGCAGCAAAACCUUAAUUCGGCCGCUUUCGCCAAUAUGACCGAUGAAGAAAACACUCUAACUUCCCCCAAAGCCGUUGGUGUGGGUAAGUCGGCCGAUGAAGGAGACGUUUUCAUGAGCGAUGACGAGGGUAAAAUUUUGACCACUCUGGAGGCUUCGAAGCCAUUGCCAGUUGCUAAAGAAAAAGUAAUCAUUCACAGCCAAACUAUCAUAAAGCCUCCUGGCGUGGUAGGAAACGGUCCUGGGCCAACUACUCCAACUCAGAAAGAAGACCUAUUGGCUAAAAUGAAAAGUCGUUUGAGUAAGCAGAUUGAUUUGAAGGUGGUAACGUCUACACCAAAAGGUCAGCAAUCGCAGUCCCAACAUGAUACUAGCGGAUCAAUUGAGAUCCCGCAUGAUUUAAUACUGAGUAGUGACAUACCGGCAACACCAGUGGCAAGUAAUGCUGCAAAAGGGGAACUUGAGGAUCAUGAUUUAAUAGCAAUUCUUGAAGGGGACGAUGUCGAAAUCACUGAAAACGCGACUGAAAUUGAAGUAACAGUUGGCGCACGAGACGCUGGAAUGUACAACGAAGGACAAGUAUUGGAAGAAAUUCAGAUAUCGUUUGUCGAUGAGCAAGAUAUCGAAUCCGACCAAAAGGAGCGCGAAAAAGAAGUAGCGAUGAGACAAAUGGCAAACCUGCCUGUAUUGCCAAAAGGACGUAGGCCAAAACCAAAAUCGCACGAACCUACCGCCACAUCAACGCCAACACUAAAAAUUGACACAGCAUCGAAGGUUACGAUCAAGGGGCAAACUACUAUUAAACCUUUACCGAGGCCGAUGCUCAUUCCUAAGAAAGAACCUGUAGAUGAUUUUGUCAUUCCGCCCCCAAAGAAAGUUUGGUCGAAGAGCCCACAAAAAAAUAAUACCGUUACGUCACCUCCCAUAUCAACAUCUCCACGCGAGAUUAAAAGUUCACCAAAUGAAUUAAUAAACUCUUUGGUGUCCGAUUGGGACGAUGAACCUGUUGUACUCAAGGAAGAGCCAGUUAGUCCCGUUAAACUGGCUCCUAAGCAACUCUCUUCACCGAUGCCUCCUCCGCCACCGCCAGUAAUUGAAGAACCCAAGCGUUCCAGAAUUAUAAAAAAGAAAAUUAUUUGGGAUCCGGAUAAUCCGGAAACGCACAUGUCUUUUGCCAGUUUUAUUAAAUCCAAUCGUACAAAAGAGGUCAUAGAAGAACCUAGACCAAAACCCGUGGAAAUGGCAAAACCAGCACCGCUAAUGCGCCCACCUGGCACAGGAAUUCGCCGGAAACGCGCCGAGUCUGUAGCUGUACAUAUGAUCAAUGAUCCACCAUACAUGCCGCCACCCUAUCUCAAGCGGGCUCGUACGCCAGAACCUAUAACAAGGAAAAUAAAUGUAUCAAGCAAUACGCAGUUGACAAAGGGAUCCAUUAUCGGCCGUAAGAAAAAAAGUGAAAUUGAAAAACUCCUUGGUGAUGAAGGAGCCAUCAAUAUGUUGUACGACGUGGAAUGUGAAAACAGCAAUAAAGAUCUUCUUAAAGACUCAGAUAUCGCAUUGGACUCCGACGAUGAAGAUGAAAAACUUCUGGCCAAAGCAAAGAUUAUAACGGAUGCUGUCAUCAAACAAGGAACAUCUCCGACGGAUAACGCAGCGGUCGUUCCGAGGGUAAGAACAAAACGUGCUUCCACCCCUCAGCAGCAAACAUCGGUCAGUCCGGCACCAGUAAUUGUACCCGCCCCAACGACUACUACCGCUGCAGCUACGUCCCGCAAGAGUGGUGGACCUUCCAAUGGUCCUCGCAAACGCAAACCAAAUAACUCCGCAUCCGAUGAUUGGGAUUACGUGUACAAAUCACGUAAAAACUGUGACGAUUCGAUGAUCAUUCGUCGGCGUUCCAACAGUUCUUAUUCUAGUUCCACUAGCCCUCGGCGACUCAGUCUUGAGCAACCUAUUGCUAAUAAUGAAAGCUCGGCGGAAAAACUCAACAACACCGGGUUUGAGUUUGUCAAACCAAACGAUAAGAGCCCAUCUAAAAGUGGCAACCUGAAAGUGGAUUCAUCGUUGGUGGCAAACAUGAAAGGUAAGCUGAGCAAAGUACUCGGAAGUAAACCCAGAAAAGAUGAUCCUCUAAGCAUAUCGAUCCCCUCGUCUUCGGGCCAACCACCAGAGAAGAAGGCAAAACUGUCGCCAAAGGCAACAAAACCCGCUAAAAGCGAAGGUGUAACGACUAUCAAGCUCAACGAGAAGGAAAUCACCGCUGUUAUGUUACCCGGGGAAACACUUCAGAACAAACUGAACGAAUUGUCAUUGAAAGAGCUUAGAUGCAACCAGUGCGGUAACUACGUUGAAGUGGUUCUGGCUCCCAAGGAGACCAAACUUAAAGAUGUAUUUACUGUCGAGCUGAUUAACGAACUUAAAAACGUUCUGAAUUUGCUAAAGAGCGACUCAUCAGUCCGAGCAGUACUAAUACGAUCUAGUGGAAAACAUUUCUGCCGCGGUAUCGAUGUGUCGUACCUUAUUCAAACUAACGGGGAGAAGCGGAAAACCGCAGCUCAAGUUUACAGUGGUCAUUUAAGAAACUUUCUCCAAACGCUGGCAAUGUUUACCAAACCAAUAGUGGCAGCUGUUCAUGGUGACGUCCUUGGGCUAGGUGUUACCAUGCUACCCCUAUUCGAGUGCAUAAUUGCACCAGACAGUACGACAUUUUCCACCCCGUAUGCGCAGUUUGGACAUCUACCGGAGGCAAUGAAGAUUUUUAGCACUGCUAAAAAUUUAAAACCAAAAGCUCUUACAGACUUACUGUACCUUAACAAAAAGGUAUCCGCGACUACUGCAUUGGACUACGGAUUGAUUACUGAGGUCGUUCCUACCGAGAAGCUGCAGGACAGAGCUAAUAGUGUAACAAAAAGGCUGUCAUCAUUUUCUUCACAGGCACUCAGAUCAAUCAAAAUAAAUUUACGUCAGGAGAUGUUGGCCCGUAUUGACGAACAACUCAUCGCCGAGCAGAAAAAGCUUACUCAACAGUGGAUUACGGUAGAAUGUCAGGAAAAGUUCAAACAAUUUUUAUCUAGAGGAGGCGAAUGGUGAUGGACAGCUGAUAGUUAAAAUCGAGCCAGCUUAAAGUAAGUGACGAGUUGUUUCUACUUUAUUUUAUAUUAUAAUUUGCUUGGCAUCAACUAACUUGUCGAAUCGGUUCCACGAUCAAAUGGUCGGUGAGUAAAAUACUCACAUCAUUUCUUUAAAUGAAUCCGCACUUCGAAUUGAUUAGAAAACGUAACAGUAAUUUUUAAGAAUUAGGGUAUUAUUGCGUUUAUGAAAAGGACGAACAAGUAUGUCCAAGAUUAUUCUUUCUCUUUUUGAUUCUGUUUAACUAAACGAUAGAGGGUCAGUGCAGUACAUGUUAGUACUUCUCAAAUUUAGGCUCCAAGCAGAUAAAAUGCAUUAAUUACUUUUAUGACUAAAAAAUUGUUCAACAUUUUAAUUUACUUCUAUCCAAUAUUUUGAAGUAUCUUUACAUCGGGUCGAUGGUUUCCGAUUGUCAGACAUUAGUGCAAAUAUUCUUUUUUAAAUUAAGAAGAAAAGAAAUGCAAAAAUCCGUUCUAUUAUAUGGAUUCUACUAUAUCAAAUACGUGUAUAGAAAUUAAAAAAGUCUACUAAAAUGCGUUUUUCACAUUAAUUUUCAUUGAGAACAACGGAAUAAAGAUUAUCGUCAACUACAAUAUAUUUAGA